AGUGCACACCAACCAAUCCUUCCUUUAUGUAGGACUCAUUUCACCGACACUCACGGAUAUCAAAACGAUAAAAUAUAGCCUCUCAUUAUGAUGAAUUAAAUGUACACUUACUAAACUUCUCUUUAUAUCAUACUACCUGACCACCUCAACACAGAAGUGUAUCUAGCUUCAAAUGGCUAGGUUCAAUAUCUUCACUUGUUUGGUGGUGGUGUCACUGGCCAUGGGAGCUGGGAUGGUUCGAGCCCAUGUGCACCAUAUUGUUAAAGGGGAGACUGGGUGGGAGCAGUUCUUUGAGCUUGGUUUUAAGUCUUCUGAGUUGAUGAUGUUCAAAGUUGGAGAUCAUCUUUGGUUCCGCAAUGCACAGGACGGAAUCGUGGAGCUGCAGAGCCGCAAAGAAUACCUAUCGUGUGACAUAUCUAACCCUAUCAAAAUGUACACGGACGGCCCAGAUAAGAUCUCACUGCAGCAGGAAGGUAUCCGCUACUUCGCAAGUGGGAAUCCUAGGGAAUGUAAGAAUGGCUUGAAGCUACACGUGGAGGUGCAUCCCCAUGAUAAGAAUGAUGGAACACAGACAGCUGAUUCAACAAAAAUAGCUUCUGCUGUUGUCAAAGCGGCUGGGCCUACUUCAGCUUCGGCCCAUCUUGGUGGGUUUUGUUAUUUGGUUUUGGUUGGGCUCUUGGUUUUAGUUGUGGCCUUGGUUUGAUAGCUUGGAGUGGGUAGUAGUAAUAAAUUACUUGGAUUUGUAGUGAAAUUAGGGAUUAGACGAUAAUAUUACUGGACGAUCUGGUCCAAGUAUAAUGCGAUCAGCGAUGUGAUUUUACAUAUUAAUAAUACUAUCCAUAAUUUCUUGUGGUCUGUA